AUGACAACGGUUAGCGAUUCUCAUAACGAACUGGAGGUCCCCGGGGCCGACGCGGUUCCGCCGGAAAAAUCUGACUACGUGGACAAUGCCGCCAUUCCCCCUCGCAAUCCCGUUCCUUCCGAAACGGGCGAGUUGUUAAGCGAAGAAGCGCGGCCAAUCGAUCCUCUGGUUACCGAGCGUGUCCUGCGCAAAAUUGACCGUUUCCUGCUGCCCACCCUUGUCAUAGGCUACGGUCUAACAUACUGGGACAAAGCAAUCCUGGGGUCGGCUGCUCUCUUCGGCAUGACUGCAGACCUGGAAUUGGCUGUUGUGAACCCCGUGACUGGUGCCAAAGAUACGUCUCGGUUGAGCUGGGCCACGUCUCUAUUUUACUUUGGCCAGCUCGCCGGGUCGUUGCCCAUGUCCUACCUCGUGCAGCACGCUCCGACACGUUAUGUGCUUGGCCCGGGUAUCAUGCUGUGGGCCACUGUGUGUGCGGCCACGGCGGGUGUGACGACGUACCAAGGGCUUUACGUGCAACGAUUCUUUCUUGGCUUCUUGGAGUCUAUCAUUCCGACGUCUUUCUUGAUGAUUGUGGGCUCCUUUUACACGCAGUCUGAGCAAACACUGCGCCAAAGCUGGUGGUGGACAGCGUCAGGCUGGUUUGUCGUUAUUGGCGGUGCAGUCAACUACGGCUUUGCACAAAUCAAAUCGGGCGGUCUGCAAUCUUGGCGAUACAUUUACAUAUUUGCGGGUGCCCUGACAUUUUUGUUUGGUAUUCUGGGCUUCUUUAUUCCCAGCUCACCAGUGGACGCGUGGAUGUUGACCCCAGUUGAGCGCAUUGCCGCCGUGGAGCGCCUGCGCGCCGGCCAAACCGGUGUUCGGAACCCACAAAUCAAGUUGUCACAGAUCAAAGAAGCCGUCACAGAUGUCAAGAUCUGGUUGAUUGCUAUCAUUAUGGCCUCGGGUUACACAGUCAACGGUGCAAUCACCGGCUUUGGCCCGCUCAUCGUCUCGACGUUUGGGUUUUCCACACUUGACUCCAUCCUUCUCCAAUUCCCGCUUGGCAUAAUCAGCGCGUGCUCGAUGCUGUUUGCUGGUUGGAUUGGAUCUCGCAUUCCAAACAUUCGUCUCAUUAUCGUGAUGCUGGCUUGUCUCCCCACCAUGGCAGCGUUUAUCAUUAUUUGGAAAUCGCACUGGUCGAGUCACGCCGCCGCACCUGUCGUCGGCUACUCCCUUAUGGGGUUCUUUAGUCCCGUUGUCAGCAUGUCCCUUGUGUUGGCAUCCACCAACACAGCUGGCGGCACGAAAAAGAGCUUCAUGUCAGGUGUCCUAUUCGUCGCCUACUGCGUUGGGAAUAUUGUCGGUCCGCAGAUGAUCCGAUCACAGACAGUCAAGCAGCACUACCCGGCACUGUGGGGUGGCCUGCUCGGAUGGUGA